AUGACCGCAUUGGUUGAUGAAAUUGACUCGCCCCCUGCUGCCCCUCUGGGGUUCAGCGAUCAUACUUUCAAGUCAAAGAGUGGCAUCGACCUAGCCAUUCGUAUAUGGCCUGCGGAAACACCCAUCACAGCACCUGCACCCUUCGUAUUAUGGACACAUGGUGGAGGAUGGUUCGGCGGUUUUCACUUCGCCCCCCUACCAUGGAUGUCGCCCGCAUUUCGGCAGCGAGGCUACCACUUGGUCUCACACAACUAUCGCCUCGCACCACAGGCUAGGCUAGAUGACCAGCUUGCUGACUGCCUGGAAGCCGUUGCUUGGUGCCGGGAGAAUCUUCCAUCCAUCCUAGGUUCCAAUGCAGUUGAUGUCGACCGCUAUGUUUUGUGUGGAGAGUCAGCCGGCGGCCAUCUCGUCACUCUCAUGGGCACCCACCUUUUCGAUCCUCCCCCGCGGGCCAUCAUCGACGUCUAUGGCGUGGUAGAUUUCCUCACUUUAUCUGCUUUCGAUCCAGAUCCAACCAAACGACCUAACAGGUCGCAACAAGGUCCCUGGACCGGCAAGUUUUCCGAAGACGUACUCAACAGUCUUCUGCGGGAUCGUAAUCCAGCUAACAUACUGACUGAUGCUAUGCCAUGGAAUGAGUUCGAGCGCUUUACGGACACUCAGCUGAGCGAGCGCUGGGCUACCGACUUCCGCUACACCGACAGGGUGUUAAUGCAGGCCGAAUUACACAUGAUGCAUGCACUGGGUGUAUCUGCCGACGGCCUUCGUGUUGGUGUCAUGCACAGUGAAAAGUUUACCAGUGAGGAGGAGUUAGUAGCCUUUGCCAGCUCUAUGUCACCACUGAGAAUUCUACAGAGCAGAUUUGAACAAGGGCAAAGGGGACACGAACUGUACCCUCCCACGGCAUUCCUCCACGGAACUGGUGACGAGUCUGUUCCAGUUGAACAGAGCUAUGCCAUGGCAAAGUUGCUCAGAGAAGCUGGUGUUCCAGUUGUCGAGUGUUAUGAAGAAGGAGAGCCCCAUGUCUUUGACAAGAAGUACACGGGUCCUAAUGUCCGAGGAUGGGAGACCUAUAUCCAACCGAUCCUCGAUUUCAUUGAUAAGCAUACCGGAUAUCAUCGCGAUUAG